CGGACCUGGGGAUCCGCUCCAUUCGAGGGGCUGCCCUCCAUCUCUCCUCGAUGCUGUCCCCUCCAUCCUGGGGUUCUGUCCGUCCUCCAUCCCCUGGAGCUGCCCCCUCCAUGCUGGGGGUCUGUUCUCCAUCCCUCCCCCGGUGCUGUCCCCUCCAUUCUAGGGUUCUGCCUGCCCUCGCUCCCCAGUUCUGUCCUCUCCAUCCCGGGCGUCAGUCCCUCCACAUUCCCCUUUACUCCCCCAUUCUGGGGAGUCUGUGCCCGUGCCCUACCCUUGGUAUUGUGGUGUACCAAUGAAAUGGGCUGGAAAAUUUGGCUAGAGCAAAGGGAGGCAGGUGUGAGGACAGGGUAGGCAGGCCUCGGGUGCUGGAGCAGGACAGGACCCCUGGGAAGAGCAUGUCAAGGUGGAAGGGGGCUCACUGAAGGCAGGGGUGUCCGUGCCUGUGGGCUCCCACACCUGCCUCCUGCCAGGAGGACCUGCCCAGAGCCACCUGGAGUCCUGUUCACUGCCCUCACCCCACACUCUCACACUGUCCAACCCUGCAGAAGUCCUGGGGUGCUCAGGGACCUCCUGGCAGUACCCAUGGGAGUCUCAGGAUCACAGAUAUCCCAAAGGCAUGCACAUUCCCCCCAAACACAGUGCCCACUCCCUCAGCGUGUGCUCACGGCACCCAUCGCGCUGCACAGGGAGGACGGAAAGGACAUCUGCCUUUUGUUCCCUUCCUCCUCCGUCCUCAGGAGGCACCAGCAGUGGGCAGCCACCAGCAGCCUGAGCUCCAUCCCUGUGCGGGGCUCCCAUCUCUUCUCCGCAAGUGGAGAAUUCAGAGGGAAGCGCUGGAGUGACACUCAUUGCACCCAGGGCCUGAGCCAAGCGCACUCCAGGGGAAUCUGAAGAGGCUGGAGGGGGUGUCAGUCCUCUUUGAGUCUGGUUCCAUCUUCCUCAGACCUUAGGGAAUAGCUCAGGGCAGGAUCUGGUCCAUCCUGUAGGCAGAGCUUCAAAGAAGGGAUGUGUUGGGGGAUCUCAGAGAGCAUCACUGGGAUGAUCAUCCCUGGGGGCUCCACCAGCACAAGCAACAGCUCUGCCCCACACCAGGGUGAAGCCACAUGGAAGGGACAGAGGGGACCAGGGCAAUGGCAGUGCCAGCUGAGCUCGUGGCUCAUGCAGACACCACUAACAGCAAGGAUGAGUUCUUCACAAAACUGCUCCCUGAACUGAGCAAAUUCGCUGGGAGUACUCAGAGAUUUCUGGUCCCAUCUUCACCUGCCUGCAGGAACACAAGAGAGUUGACCAGCUCCGUAAAUCUACCUCCAAUUAUAAGCAAACCCCUCGUUGUAUUUGGUGCUAAAUGUCUUCCUCCCAAACGUGGUGUGACAACCCUGGUGACCCACCCCCAAGGGUCAUCACACACGGGUACCCAGGCAAACCAACAAAGCGAUUUCAUUCCUUGUGAAAGCUUGUUUCAAGCUUUUCCCAUUAAUCCCGGGAAGCUUGUCUGACCCCGGGAAGCCCGACUGCCCCCACUGCAGCUGCCGGCAGACAUGGCCCCAUCUGGAGGGCAGGUCUGUGGGACAGCCACUCAUACGAUGGCAUCAAAGACACAGCGAUGUUCCUGAGGCCAUGCUGAGAAGUGGUGGCAGAGGACAGAGCAGGAGUCAGGCAGUCUUUGCCUGUCCAGGCAUUUGGCUCCCCUUGCUGUGCCCCUGCCUGCUCCUCCUGCAGCUUGGCUGCCUUCCACCGUGUCCCCCGGGCAGAUCCUGGUCACCUGCGAGCAGGAAGCAUCCGCGGAAAGUCCCCUGGCAGCCGGUUUGUUGGUAGUGAUCAGCCGGAGCCAGCUCGACACCCACAUGGAAAUGCUUUGGCCGGGGAAUGCUGCCACAUCCUGCCCCGAGGUGCCCAGCCCCGGGAGGUUUCCCGUCCCUCUCCCCAGCAGCAGCUGCUGUUGCUCUGAGCCUCUCCAGUGCUCACGUUUCACCAGCCAUAAAAGUGUCUGGAGAAGGAACGGGAGCGGGAGCAGCCUUGUGCCUGCUGAGGGGAGGGAGUGUCCCUGCCACUGCUGCAGACCCUGUCCCACCGCUGCUGCCCUCCCUGCGGUGACCCGGACCUGGCCUCUCCCUCCUGCGUGGCUGGAGAGAUGCCCAAAAUGGAUCAAAGAGCCAUGGAAACAAGCCGGCAGCGAUUCCCCGGUGGCAAGCAGGCAGUGGGGUGACACUCACAGAGGGCAGGCAGACGGGGGACCGUAGACCAGCUGGCAGUGGAAUAGUGGGGUCACGGUGGCUGUUUGGGGACCUGAGCUGAGCUCUCCCUUCCCCACUCCAGCUCGGGCUCAGCCAGCCUGGUGGUCCCUGCAUUCCCGUUUCAGGAUUCAGCACAAUCUCUGCUCCGUGGGAACCCCACUUCUGCCCGGACCCCAACACCACCACGAGAGCUUUGGCCGGGAGCGGGAGCAGGAGCAGCCCACACUGAGCCCUGCGGCCCCUUCCUGCUAAGGCUGUUCAUCACCACGCUCCUUCUCCGCUUUUCCUCCUGCACCCGAGCGCCCUAAGGCCCCGGUGACCCCGGUGCUGCCACACUCGUGCCACGGCUCCGCUUGUCCCCGGGGCACUCGGAUGCCCGGUGGGUGCGGUGUCCCCUGCAGCAGCCCCCGCUGGGCUCCCUGGCCCUGCCGCUGCCAGCUGGCCCUGCCGCGGGAUUAGGCGGGAGCACGAGAGGAAAGCACCGAGCAUCUCUCCGGAUCAAACGCCCACGGGGCAGCGGGGAGGGGGUGUAAUUCACCCCCCUCUCCAUGUGAGACCGGCUCGGGGCCGCCCGGAGCUGGGAUGAGCGUGCAGCCGGUGCUCAGAGGCAGUGGGAGGGAGGCGUUCGGGGGAAUCAGUCAGGUGUGGACGAGGUAUGAGGGGAGGCAGGGAUGGAGCCGCACUCGUGACAGCGUGCCGAGCGCUCACGCGCAUCCCUCCUCCCGCCGAGAUGCAGCAGGGCCGGCCAUCCCUCUGCUGCGUCUCCACCAUCCGCAGCUCGCAGGGACCACCCGAGCCAGCCGCCGCUGCCGCCUCUGCUCACUUCAGCUUCUGCCGCAGCCUCCUGGAGCACACGGUGUCGGCCGAAAACCUCAGCUACCGCCUGCAGCGCAACCCGGGCAGCAGCCUCACCUGGCACGACGGCCGCAGCCAGCGCCCCGACGGCGGCCGCACCGUCAAACUCCUGCGGCAGCCGGGCACCGAGGGCUCGCAGGUCCGUGGCUGUGACCACUAUGGCAUCUACCACACCAGCCCCACGCUGGGCAGCCUGGUCAAACCAGUGGUGCUGUGGACACAGCAGGAUGUGUGCAAAUGGCUGAAGAAGCACUGCCCACACAACUAUCUCAUCUACGUCGAGGCGUUCUCCCACCACGCCAUCACAGGCCGGGCGCUGCUGCGGCUGAAUGGGGAGAAGCUGCAGCGCAUGGGGAUCGCGCUGGAGACGCAGCGCCAGGAGGUCCUGCAGCAGGUCCUGCAGCUCCAGGUGCGAGAGGAGGUCCGGAACCUGCAGCUGCUCAGCCAAGAUUGCACCAACACUGUGAACCGAGCUCCACUGGGACGGGCUGUGCACCGCCGAUACGAGACCUGAGCCACACGCUUGGAAUAAGAAGAGACAGCUUCCCAGACACUCCAGGGCUCCUCUCCCACUUCUUCCUUCUCUUUCUUUUAAAGGAAUUUUAAAAGAACACAUUCCUGUGCAGGGAUGGAACGUUUCUUCCAGCAGACAUGGCUCUUUGCUGGAGGAAAAUCAGCAAACCAGCUGCUGGGACAGAUGAAGAACUUCCACCCACCUGAGCCUGAUGGUUCACAGGGAAAGAGAUGGAAAAAAGGAGAUGACAAAAGGCAGGGCUCAGCACUGUGGAGAAAGGGAAUGCAGUGAUUCCAGGGACAGCUCGGAGCCAUGUGCAGGACACUGAAGCAUUAUGCACUUGGGCAACAUCCCAGCACCCGGCAACUCGUGUCCAUGCCUCAGAGAUUAUUUAGGGAGCUUUGGUUUCCUCAUCAGACUGGGCUGUCUUCCAGCGUCCAGGGAGGUGACGUUAUCAGUAGCAACUAAGAUGAUACAACCAGCCAAAAAAUUCAAAGCAGGGCCAGGACUCCAGCACCCAGCUCCACUUGGUGAGUUAAAAAGGGAGCUGAGUCAUCAGAGCUGGAAAAUCUGGGAGUAAAAGCAGAGUGGAUGCACUGAGAAGGUGCCAUGUCCUGGAGGAAGCUGUGCCAGGAGCUCAUCCUUCAUCCACAGGCAGACGGGGGAGCCCGUGCAGAGGCUGGGGGGAGCAGGCAGGGGUGCUGCUGGGUGGUGAUGGGUGCUGCCCAGGGUGGGGCUGGGGGAUUACUGGGUGCCAGGUCCUCCCCAGCCCCCAUGCCUGGUCCUGCUCUGCUCCGUGCUCCCACCAGCUCUGCAGAGCUCUGCUCAUCCAGGCAUUGGCAGGUUCUUGUCCUGACCUCCUGCCCAAGAGCUGGCAAUGGUGCCACCAAAGCCAGACACCUUCCUGAUGACCUUCACCAUCACUCCUCAGUGAAAGUGCUUGCUGUUACAUCUCCACCUCCCAAACUCUUCCAUACAGAGCUACAGACUGCCCUUGUGAGCAGAUAAGGAAAAUCUAUGUGUAAAUUGGGAUUUUUGGCCGGGGUGGAGGCUGCCACCUCCCCACAUUCCACCUCAAGUGAUGAGGGAAGGGCUGUGGGUCAUGGGGGUCCAAAAAACCCCUGGGGCAUUGGGAUGUGGAGGCAGGUCACAGUGCCCCCAGCCAGGCACCCUCCUGCCUGCUUCUGAUGCCUUGAGAGGCUACCUAGAACAGAGGCUAGACAGUGUUAAAGGAAAAAAGUAGGUAUUUAUUUUAAAAGGCCUUCAAAGAUACACCUUGGGCAGUACAAGAGCCCAGCCGUGGCUCCACCCAAGAUGGAUGACCAGUCAUGAGUUUCACACUUUUAUAAGUUUUGGUCCAUUUCCAAUCACAGCUUCAGGUUAUGAAGUUACAUCCUCCCAGAUUGCUCUUCUCAAUUCGCUGAUAUUCAUCUUUUUUGGGCCUGAAGCUGCAAUGGUGUCCUUGGUUCCUGGGCUGGAAAAGGAUUGUUUUGUCUAACUACACUGUGAAGAGAACUUGCUACCACUUUAUAUGAAGUUCAGAGUUAUAUACCAAUGCUGUAUAGAAUCUGGAAAAUAUGAAAGCUAAAACUUAAGGCAUCACUGCUCUGCUGAUAAUAAAUUAUAGACUGUUAUUUUAA